ACUUUCUACAUUAAUAAAUAAACUUGUGAUCUUGUCGUAAAAAGAUCUGUUUUUAAAUCACAAAUGUGAAUAUUUGCACUCUCGUGAUUUGUAAACAAAUUCAAAAUGGAGAAAAUCACUUUAUCAUUUGCUCAGAAAAGUAUAUAAGACUGUGAUUAUGUCAUUUACAGCACAAUUGAAAUUAUUUCUGUAAAAAUUAGUUACUCCGCUGUUUUUCAAAUUUCUACGUUGUGGUUUAAAAUCGAAAUCUUAUUUGCUUGAAUUAUUGAGUUUGUUUCUUAUAAACAAGAUGAAAAAUUUCGCGAUCAAAGCAGUUUUUAUAACGUUGAUCUCAUUUAUAAUUGUUGGAUGCAUCAACGCCUUUCCGUGCCUUUCCCGCGGUACAACAGGAGGUAGAAGGUGUGAACACACUCUCAUUAGUGCUCCAGUGUUUGAGGCUACGAAAUUUUAUGAAGUUGGUGAAGUGUGGGACGAUGGAAUAUGCGUUGAAUGUCGAUGCCAUCCCGUAACAUACAGAACUCUAAACUGUUCGCUAAUGACACAUCAUGGAAUUCCUGGACCUGAUAAAGUUCAAUCUUUUUAUGAAGAUAUUGAUAUUCUUCCAUCAUCAUGUCCACCCGGCUUCAUCGAAAUGAAAGAAUCUAGUAAACAUCUCCCAUCUCUAAUGUUCCUAGUUUUUCGAAUGAUCGAAACUGUUGAAACAAGAUGCUGUAGUAGAUACCAACUUGCCAGUUUCCCAGACGAGUGUGAAGCGAUACCUCACGAUUCCGAUCCAUGCAAAGACAAAUAUGUUCUCAAAUCUAACAAUACUGUUCAGUGCCCUGAAGUUGAAAUUUUUAUAUAAAAUAAAAUGCUUUGAAUUUA